AACCGUCCUCCCCACUCCUUAUCGAUCCAGCUGGAACAGAAUCGGAACAAGUAUGGAACGAAUUGCCAACCGUUCCUCCCCACUCCUUAUUGAUCCAGCUGGAACAGACUUGGAACAGGUCUGGAACGAAUUGCCAACCGUUCCUCUCCACUCCUUAUCGAUUCAGCUGGAAAAGAAUUGGAACCGGUCUGGAACGAUUUGCCAACCAUUCCUCCCCACUCCUUAUCAAUCCAGCUGGAACAGAAUUGGAACUGGUCUGGAAUGAUUUGCCAACUGUUCCUCCGUUACUUAUCGAACCGGCGGUAUCGAUAAUUCUCAGUUGUUGGAACAGCUCCGUUCCGUUCCACAGUGAUAUUUAAGUUCCCAUUCCCGAUCCAGUUCCAUUGACCCAUCCCUAAUAUAACCUCAUUUGUUUGGUUACCUUUGUGUGUAACAUUUAAUUUUGUUUAUAUUUAUUGUCAAAUGUAUCUCUUUGCUGAUAAAAGUUUAUGAACAACGUUCAUUCCAUUCAUCAUAUAAAUUUCAUAAAAUCAUUUCAGUUAUUUUGAAAUAAUUUUUUCCAUUUGGUAUUUCUUUUUCAGAACUUAUGCCAGUUAUGACUUUUCAAUGUAUUUAUUUAUCUAUUUUAUAUAUUUAUUUAGAUAAUUUUAUAACUAACUCUUUUUUUUUUUCAGUUGUUUAAGUGCAUGAAAUUGU